AUGCGUCUCCGUUGCUCAGCAUUAUUGCUCCUUGGUGGCGUCUUGCAGUCCGUAAUUCCGGUCCAGGGCCAGCAGCCCCUGAAGCAUGACGUGCUGCAGAGGUCCCUCGAGGCCGGCACUUGGGCGGUUCAGACCAGGGACAUGUUUGAGCUCAAGACUGUGAUCAAAGGGCUGGUCGCCGACAGCGACGAGCCGCUCAUCUCGAUUGGAAAAACCCUCUGCUUGGCCAGUACCUCUUAUGAUGAGGAAUUCUGCGCGGGUACAAUUGAGCGCGAGGUGCCCGCGCUGGCCGCCCUGGCGCGCAACGUAGAGCCCAACUCGACGGCCGCGAUCCAGUUCUGCAUUACGUUUCUCGGCGUCUGCGAGUACCCCAAAGUCGACGAGUGGGCGGUCCCGUUCCCGUCGAAGCCGUUUUGCGAUGCGAAAGCGCCCGCGCCCAGCAGCAAGAAGCCGCUCAAAGUCGUUCACUACAGCGACAUCCACGUCGAUCCGCUCUACGUGGCGGGCACGAGCACCGAGUGUAAGAAGCCAAUCUGCUGCCGGCAAUUCUCCAAAGAUGACGAGCCCGGUAAUGCAACGUCUCUCUCUGGUCCCUACGGCGAUCACAACUGCGGCGUGCCCGCCUCGCUCGAGCUGAGCAUGUACAAGGCCAUCGAGAAACUGGUCCCGGACCAAGCAUUCACCAUCUUCACCGGCGAUAUCGUCGAUCACAUGAUCUCGAAUACCAGCAAGCAGUACAACCUAAAUGAAAUCGACGACGCCUACAACAAGAUGAACGACAGCUUCAAGCUCGUGUACGGCACCAUUGGCAACCACGAAGUGCACCCCGUCAACAUCUUCGAGCCCAAGUCGGUGGGCAACGCGUCGCAAUGGGUCUACGACGCCGUCGCCAAGAAGUGGGCGGCGUGGAUCGGCGACGCCGCCAAGCAGCAGGUCCUCGACACCGGCGCCUACUCGACGCUGUACCCCGGGGGCAACCUGCGCGUCAUCUCUCUCAACACCAACAUGUACUACCGCUUCAACUUUGCCGUGUACGGGCACAACAUGCCGCGCGAUCCCAACGGCCAGCUGGCGUGGCUGGUCGCCGAGCUGGACAAGGCGGAGCAGGCCGGCGAGAACGUCUACAUCAUCGGCCACAUGCCCAUGGGCACGUCCGACGCGCUCCCCGACCAGGCCAACUACUUUGACCAGGUCGUGCAGCGCUAUGCGACGACGAUUCGCGCGCUAUUCUUUGGCCACACGCACGACGACCACUUCGAGGUCAGCUACUCAGACUACGCCAAGCGCGACGCGCAGCACGCGACCGCCAUGUCCUACAUCUGCCCCUCGCUCAUACCCACGGCCGGCAUGCCCGCCUUCCGCAUCUACGACGUCGACCCGGACACCUUUGCCAUUCUCGACGCCGUCACCUACAUCGCGGACAUGUCGGACCCGGCCUUCCAGACGUCCGGGCCCGUGUGGAAGGAGUACUACUCGGCGCGGGCCUCGUACGGCCCCCUGUUGUCCCCGCCCGUCGCGGCCGGCGCCGAGCUGGGCCCCUCCUUCUGGCACAACGUCACGGCGGCGUUUGCCAGCAACGCGACGCUGUUUGGCGAGUACGUGUCCCGGAAAAGCCGCGGCUGGCGGGCCAAGCCGUGCGACGGGGCUUGCAGGGACGACGAGAUCUGCCAGCUGCGCGCCGGGCGCAGCCAGGACAAUUGCCACAAGAUCAAGCCUGGUGCGACGUUUGGCAAGCGGGAUGGUGGGCUGCCGCCGAGGCGGGCCAAGUGCGACGAUCCCGUCAUGGCGGAUAUGCUGCGUCUGCUCGCCACGCGGCAGGAUCUGCUCGAGGAGCUGCAGGCCGGGUUCGUGGCGAGACGCGCUACGAUUAUGCCCUGGAAGCCGGAGGAAUCGGUCAUGCGCGCACGGUCGGCCGUUUCGCUGGGAUCGAGGGACGAUGAGGCGACGUGUGUGGAGCGUGGCUCAACCACUUCAGGUAGUGCAAGUGGCACGGCGGCUUCACCUUCGGCAACAAGUCCGUCACAGUCGUCCGCUCUCACCUUGCAGCUUUCAGUGGUGCUCCUAACCAUCACUACGCUGACUGCCAUACUAUGCAUGUGUUGA